ACCCCAUCAGCUGUUCAGAAGAUAAAACAACUUCUUAAAGAUAAACCUGAGCAUGUAGGUGUGAAAGUAGGUGUUCGUACAAGAGGAUGCAAUGGACUUUCUUACACGUUAGAGUACACGAAAUCGAAAGGAGACUCUGAUGAAGAAGUAGUUCAAGACGGGGUUAGAGUUUUUAUUGAGAAGAAGGCACAGCUGACACUUCUAGGAACUGAAAUGGACUAUGUAGAAGACAAACUGUCCAGUGAAUUUGUCUUCAAUAAUCCAAACAUCAAAGGAACAUGUGGCUGUGGAGAAAGCUUUAACAUCUGAAAUCUCAGGACUACUUCUUUGACUUUGAACACCCCAAAAUACUUACUAUUAUGGCUUUUGGAAGCAAAUGCAUUUUCUUCAGGUUCGUAGGUUGCAUAAAGUGUAGAUACCAUUAAGAAAAAUAAAGUUAAAUCAUUUUGAAAAUGUAAAUUGUGUGUUAAAUUCCACCACUGAUGCUGUUAAUGCUGUAAUUUGUGAUGAGUUGGGAUCCAAAAGGUAAGAACAGUAAGUGCUGUAAUAACAUCUCUGUACUUUUACAGGCCAAGGAAAUAAAAUCUCACUGUUCUUUUCCU